UCUAUAUCCAACGGGGUGGAAAUAAGGGAGGGGCCUGUCGGAGCCAUGCCUUGCCCUCCAACUUCCCCUGCAGGACGCCGGGGAGGGAAGCGAGAGUCAGAUUAAUUUAGUUAUAAGGGCACCGGAGAGCGGAUCGCUUCGACAAUGCAGUCUUUGGAGGUUGCUCGACGGACAGUCUCCCUGUGGGGAUGGCACCUGCCUCUCUUUUUCUGCCUCAUUGCUAUUGUGCUUUCACUACAGGCACCCCCGACCAUGGCUGAGGGGCAAGGCCUCGUUUCGGUGGACUAUGAGGUGUUUGGGAAAGUGCAAGGGGUAUUUUUCCGCAAACAUACCCAGGCACAAGGAAAAAAGUUGGGUCUGGUUGGCUGGGUCCAAAAUACCAACUAUGGCACCGUGCAGGGACAAAUCCAAGGCCCUCUUGUCAAAGUCCGACAACUUCAGGAAUGGCUUCAAAAAACAGGAAGUCCCAAAUCUCACAUCGACAGAGCUGAAUUCCACAAUGAAAAGAAAAUUGCUCAUUUAGAGCAUAGUGACUUUUGUAUAAUCAAAUAAGAGGCUUAGAAUAGAAAGCACUGGGUUUAUAAAGUCAGCCAUGGACUUGUCUAGAAGAAAGUCAUUUAGUUUUCAUUUUCUUGUAAUUAGUUAAAUGCAUUCUUUCUGUUGUAAUUAUUUAUUAUAUGAAGCUUCUGUUAAAAGUUUUAAGAUAAACAUUUCCUGAAUUGAGUGAUGUCAUAAUAUUUUGACUGUUAAUAAAGGCAUGUUUGCUGGAUCAUAUCCAGAGCUAUGUAUAAAAAUGAGAUGCACAUAUUAAAAAAUUGCAAGUAUA